AUGCACAUCAACAUCCUCCUCACACUGUCCACCCUGACAACUCUGGGCAGCAAUGCCGCAGCUCAACUCCCCCUCGGCGCCCUCAAUGGCCUCGGUGGACUAGGCAGUCAAGGGGUCCCAUCCAGCCAAACCCCAGGCCCAUCCAGCACGCCCAUCCCCACCCUGACGAAGAGACCAGCCAAGCCAACCACAUUCCCCUCUAAGGCGUCUACCUUGCCCGCCCCGGCGCUGAACGCUAGAGACAGCUCUGAUACAGAGCCGGGUUACGAGCCGGGUCACCUGUUGGGUGGUCUUCUCGGUGGACGCUCCACAUCUGAUGAAGCGCCGAAAUCCCCGGAGGAGGGUGAUGAGCCCUCGGGGACGGGUGGCCUGCUGGGUGGGGAUCCGAUGGGUGGUCUUCUCGGAGGAGCCGACACGCCUGAUGAAGAGCCGGGAUCCGCGGAGGAGGGUGACGAGUCCUCGGGAACGGGUGGCCUGCUGGGUGGGGAUCCGGUGGGUGGUCUUGUCGGUGAAUAG